AGGCUUUUAUGAAGUUUUGGCGCAGUGACGGUACGAAUGACUUCCGACGCUUCUUGGACUGGAACUAGUUUAAAUUUUGGCGCCUUUCACUUUUCAGCAGAUGUCUGGCUCUUUCGCACAUUUUCAUCAUGUUUUCCUAAAAUACUUCGGUUUUCUUUAUYUUUCCUUCAAAAUUUGUAACCAUUUUGUGUGCAAACAUGGUAUUAAGAGAUUGUAGUGUAUCAUGCACCUCAGUUUAUAUGUUUUUAGCCUUUUGAACUCAAUUUAAAGCCUUUUCGGUAGAAGAAUUUCGACAUGGCAAAAGAUGUCUCAGAAGUCACGCGGUUGUGUCUCAUGUUAACUUCAGAAAAAGCAAAGGAAAGAAAAGAUUCCUGUGUGUCUGUGCAGCGUUACCUAAAGGAGGCACAUGUGCGACAAGCCAUUGAUGAAAAUACUGAUCACAAGAGGAAGAAUUCAUUGACCUGGGAUGUGAUAUUCUYAAGGGCAAAGGAAUAUGUUAUCAUGGAGAUGGAGCACUUGGAUGGMUUGUCUUCAAAGAAAAGUGCAGCAGAAAUCACAGGCUCUACAAAGACAAGCAGGACUAACAAAAUUAUGUCAGUUGUUUCUUUCAUCAGUUUUGUCAUCAAAGUUGCUGAUUCACGAGGGCCACACUUGAAGAUUUCAGAUGUCACYUCCCACGUCUUAUUUGUGCUGAACUCAGAGUUGUCAAAAUAUAUUGGAAAAGCUUACUGCCAGAUCCUUCUUAAUCUUCUCAAGUCAGCAAUAAACAUUCCCAAAUACAAACAGGAGAUACCCCAGCAGCACUGGAAAGAAAUGCUAGAUAUCUUUAUUACCUUUGCUGCUGAUCCACCAUCAUGGCUACCAAAGGAUUCUGGUCAUGUAACCAGUAUAAUCCAGCUUGUUAUCACUUGUGCACAAUGUCAAGUUCUGCAAAGCCCAAAGCUAUUCAAAUUCUUCUCAGAGGUCUUCAAAGAUCACAGAGAGGGCUUGAGUAUCUCCAACACUGAAAACCUCCUUAGUGCUUUGCAUCGCUUUACUCUGUGUGUUAGUGAGGACUGUAGAGGUCAGGUCUGUGAACUUGGUGAAGUCACCUUUCCACAUUUGCUACGGCUGUGGAGAAAACCUGGCAUACCAUAUAAGGACAACAUUGUUCAGUUUCUGCAGCUUCAAAUGAGCAUCCAUCAUCCAUUGGGUGUACAUACAGAUGAUAACGGUGCAUGGUGUACAGACAGCAAUCACUGGAAGAAAUGUCUACAUAAACUUUAUGAAGCUAUUGUUAAUCAUAUAACACAACUGGGAUCUCGCAUUAGAGGAGCUGGUUCUAAAAUGGACCCUUCUCUGAAGACUUCGUUCCUGGAUUUAGCGGCAGAUGUUUUCCACCAGGUGUUCUGGACGUACUCGUUUGGUACGGCAUUGGAUGUCCAAAAUAUCGACAGUAUACCUGGUAGCAGUGCCAAGAGGCGUAGGAUGGACAUUGGUUUACAUGUUCUUAGAGAGAACCUUGAAAAUAGCACAGAAGGACCUGCAAUGAUAUCUUGGUUGCAAGUCCUUGCUGUGCUGUUUCUCAAGCAUCCAUCCAGUCUUCCUGCCAUUGAAUGUCAUCCAAUACUCUCAGCUCUACAUCAAUUACAGACUAACUGCAAAAGGUGUCAAACUURUUUUCAUCGUUUAGUCCCAGAAAAACUGGUCGAGCCUGACAUAGAUGUUUGGAAGGUUCUUUUAAGCUCAUCUCCAUCCAGAGGUUCCCUAGAGUUUCUGUCAGUUUACCUUCAGCUUUGCCCAUUACCCGAGAGUUUCCAGCCAGCAAGCUCCCUUGUUUUAGCCUCGUCAUCUGAACGAGGCUCCUUUCCCUUUCGUCGACAUCUUCUGGACUGGCUGCUUCCGUUAUCAGAAGCAGGAGAGGGAGGCAAAUCAACGCCUGUUCUUCUCACUCCAAUGUCCUCAAUAAGAUUCUUCAGCACGAAGAUUAUGGCAGAAAUCAUAGCAUCAUUGUGCUUGCGAGUCCCGAGCUCCGCUUUGUUCACYGCAAAGCAGGCAAAGAGAUCUGGCGCCCCUUACAGUGGCUAUCCUUUUCAGAAGGAGUUGUACGAUUUGGAAAARCUUUUUAUUGAGUCAUCCUUUGAUGAAGACCAAAUCGACAAGCACUACCUGGAACAARAUCCCCAGAACCAUCUUUCUUACGCUCCCCGUGAAGCUUCAAGUAACAGCAUCCCAAAGCUACAUUCCCUUCUUCUCGACAGACUCGCACUUCUUGCUGAUAGUCUAACAGAGUUUUUUGAUUCAGAGACGCAGUCUAUUGGAUCUUCUUCAAAGGAUCACUUUGAUCUCUUAACGAGACGUCUUUGGAGUUACGCGCGCUAUUGCACGCUGGUAUGGCACGUGGUAUCUUGUCUGUUGCAAAGCAAUGUGAUUGGUCCAAUUGAACUUAGAAAUAUUGAUGCUGUCAAGAAAACUGGGUUGUUUUUGAAAAGACUCGAUAGUUCUAUUAGCGAGAGGUUUCUAUCAAGUGAGUUAGAUGUCACAUCCAAGGCUGAGAUUAUGACAAACAUCCUUCAAGAACUACAAGAAAUGCUUACAGUGACGCUAGCAAAUCCCGCCAAGAUGGUUCCUAUAUUGAAGAAACUAAUGCCAUCCAACUUUGUAGACGAUUUAAUAAAGAUCUAUCAUGGCAGGUGGGGCCAGUCUUUACUUGGUAGCACGAGACUUGACGUCACAGAUAGUAGUUUCCUGAACCAAACGGCUGGUGGAAUGUCUUCGGAUGAAGAUGGCUUUGAUGAUUUUGAAAUGGAAGUAUCAUCCAAUGACCUGGACUCCACGGCCAUGAUAACAGCUGUUCCCCAGGCAACCAAUUCCACUGCCAGGAACGCAUAUGGUACACUUCGUAAGGUGGUUGCCAUGUUUCUCUCUGCCUGGAGCUCUCUUGAGGUAGAAAGUGGUUUGUUCGGCUCAUGUGAAGUUUGA